GGAAGUGUGCGUGAAGUCAGCCGUCUGUCUGGCACAGAUGUGUGUUGGUGUACUUCCAGCUGUUAGUGAAGUCUAGACCUAUGGUGUGGCCGGACUGCAGGACCCUCCCUAAACCCCUCUGUGAGAUCAUCACACAUUUAAUUAGACCGGAUCUGUCAAUUAACUGGAAGUCAGCCGGUCUCUUUCUGCCUUUUAAAAAGCAGCCGACUCAGACCCUCAGCAGGAUUCUGACAGACGCUCAAACAAGAUUUCAAGAAGAAUGUCUUCUGCUACACUUUGUGCUGUUGUUCUGCUGCUUUGUGCUUUGACAUUCAGUGCUGCUCAGUCGAGCUGCAGAGGACGAUGUGGUUCUGAAUACUACAGGGGUAACAUGUGCCAGUGUGAUUACAACUGUCUGUCUUAUGGAGAGUGCUGCAAAGACUUUGAGUCUCAGUGCACAACAAGCGACUCUUGUAAAGGUCGGUGUGGAGAGGAUUUUAAAAGAGGCCGGCUGUGUAGCUGCGACAGCAACUGUGAGAAGUACAAACAGUGUUGCUCAGACUUCGACCACCACUGCGAUGCAUUAGAAGAAAUCAGUGGAGCAACAAGUGAAACAGCACCAGGGAAGACUAGUUCAUGCCAUAAUGUCAAUAAUAACAAACCAAAAGAGCCACCUCAAAGUGGCGCAACAGAUGUGUCGUCGACAUUCAGCGAGGGAGACAAUACAGAUGACCAUCUUAUUCCCCUGGUCAGUCCAACAUCAUAUCCACAAGAUGAUCUCAAUGAUGAUAUUUUUCCCAAUGACGAAUAUUCCGACGAUGGAUUUGGCGACCUAGAAGCCACUCCAAUCCCAGAGAGCACUAGCGGCUAUGGAUCGUCUACAGCUGACCUUCUGGAUCAACUUCCCACCGAACCCACCCAGAAUCCAGACACUGUAGAGACCACCACAGAGACAGUGACAGCAGACGCUCUAACACAGACGACUCUUGCUGAUAAUGAGCCGACACAGGCAGAUAGCAGUCCUUCCACCAUACCCCCAACCAUGGAUGAAGUCCCCACUAUCAGUACAGAUGCCGGCGAUCCCACCAGCUCAGGAACAACUCCCCCUCAGCCUACAACAGCAGCUGUCAGCAGCCUGCCUGUCGCAAACUCAGAGCACCCGAGAGGGGAUUCUCCUGGCCCCAACAAUCCAGAGCCUGUGACAGAAGCGACAUCUAAGGGUGCUGUUUCUCCUGACGGACAGAAUACAGAUCCCACUGUAAUCUCCAUCAAUGAACCAGAGGAUACAACCCUAUCCCUGAACACAACCUACAACCCCACUGAGGCUUCAGUGUCCACAGUAACCACACAGGACCCAACACCCAUACCAAUGACAGCCACUUCAGCCCCCGGACCAGAUGUAGACAACAAAGAGGAUGUCGCAACAGAACUGCCAACAUCUCUGCCAGACCUUGAGGAUCCUUCUAUCGGGGUUACUCCUUCCGACUCCAGGAAACCGUCCGAGCCUGAUGCCUUGACAGUCAACAUCCCAACAUCCACAGAGGCAUCUCGGGAUGCUCCUACAGAAGAUCAAGCAAGAACCACAGCAGAUCCACUAAAUGUCCCUGCAGACCCAACCAAACCCACACGCUUAGAAGAAACAUCAAAACCCCAGGACAAGCCAAAGCCAGUUAAACCAAUAGCAGCUAAACCCAGCUCCAAACCUGAGACCAAGCCUCUGGAUCCUGCACAAACUCUCAACGUGGACAAUCCUCGGGACUACCAAGCCGAUGACAGCAACGACACAAAUCUGUGCAGUGGGCGGCCAGUCAGUGGAGUCACCACCCUGAGGAAUGGCACAAUAGUGGUUUUCAGAGGACACUACUUCUGGGUUCUGGACAGAAACAGGGUGCCUGGUCAGGCCCAAGACAUCACACAAGUGUGGGGCGUCCCCUCCCCUAUCGACACUGUGUUCACCCGCUGUAACUGCCAGGGCAAAACAUACAUUUUCAGGGGACCGCAGUACUGGAGAUAUGAAAACGAUGUUUUGGACUCUGGCUAUCCAAAGGUCAUUGAAACAGGCUUCGAUGGGCUUCGUGGCCACAUCACAGCGGCUCUGUCCGUGCCUCAGUACCAGAGGAGGAGAGAGUCCGUUUACUUCUUCAAGAGAGGGGGAAAUGUUCAGAAAUAUUCCUACCAGUUUGGCACAAGUCCAAAGUGUGGCAGAAAACCACAGUAUGCCAUUUACACAGUCAGCAACCGGAUUGUCCGACAAGCAGUGUCUGCUCUUGGGGGAACCAUCAACAUCCGAACGUCGUGGAGAGGUUUCCCCCCGACCAUCACAGCUGCUGUUUCCAUCCCGAGCUACAGAGAACCAGAGGGAUACAAAUACUACGUCGUCUCAAGAUCCAAAUCCUACAAAGUGAGGAUGGACACUGGGCGUCCUGAAAUUCCCGCUCCUGCAGCCAACACGUCACCCCAGAGCAACGUCUUCAAGUGCCCAAAGAAAUUGUGAUUGAUGGAAAAUAUACUUUCUUGUAGGUUUAAAGUUUAUUCAAUUCUUCAUAAAACACAAUGCUUCAGCAUGGACUGAUUACAAAACGUACUUUUCAAGCACAUAAAAAUAAAAUAAAACAAGAACAGGGAGGGGGGGGGGGGGGGGGGGACAGGCUUCAGAGCAAGAAAACAUUUGUAAAAAUCUGAAAACAGAAUCUAAACUUGAAAUGAUUUUCUGAUUGGAAUGACAUGUUGAGUCAUGGUCGGCAAGUUUUCUGUUUAAUGCUUUAUCUCUGGAAUCGUCUCCCGUGGAAGCCUCGAGAGAACCGAGUAGGAAACCCUGUUGUAAAAAAAAAAGAAGAAAAAAAAAGUUGUUUUAGAAGAAUGUCUGCUGAACCGAUGUAAAAGUUUUGUACUGUGGCUGUAUACAAAUGUAUGGAAUGAUCUGUACUACCAAUAAACUGAAUAUUCAAACAUAAAAA